UCACCUGCCCACUCCCCGAGAGGCUCAGGUCGGGGAAGCAGUGGGUCAGAAGCCUGAGGCGGACGUGAGCAGGGCCACCUCGGAGUCUGCUGGCACAUGUGUUGAGAUGGAGGCCUCGGAUUGGCAAGGAGGAGAAGGGAGCAAGCUGCUAGAGAAGGGGACAAGUGUGUCCUGUGCAGAGAGGAGCUCCAGCUGCAGUCCCACGGGACAGUCACUCGUGUGCCAUGCUGAGGGCUUGGACCAGGAUACCUUCAGGAUUUGUAAAGAAUACCUGAGGCCACUGAAGAAGUUCCUGCGAAAGUUGCACCCUCCCAGGGACCUGCCUCAGAAGAAGCAGCUGAAAUAUAGGAGGCAGAGCCUUGUGGUCCUCGGGGACCACAUCAACGCUUUUCUGCAGCACUGCUGCCGGUCCUGGGAAAUCAAGCACUGGAGGAAGAUGCUGUGGCGAUUUGUCUCUCUCUUCUCAGAACUGGAAGCAAAGCAGCUGCGCCGGCUCUACAGGCACACCAAAAACAGCCAGGCGGCCAAGUCCCAGGUGGCAUUCUGCCCUCUUGACACACCAGAGAGCUCCCUGCUGGCUGCUGGCGAAGAUAGCCUGCCCAAGCUGUGCAAUGCCUGGGGGCUACAGGGCAACAUCAGCGGCAUGAAGGAGAGGCUAUCCAAAAUGCACAUCCCGCACCAGGAGGCCACCCUGCUACAGGAGCCGCUGGCCCAGGCCUGGAGAGGUUCUUCAAAGAAACUUCCCCAGGAACCAAAAGUCAAGUGGAAGAGGAUCAAGGAAGCCCCUGAAACUACAGAGAGCAGCUGCCUAUGAGAGGAUUGGCUGGGGCAGGGGCGCUGGUGCUGGCCCCCAGAGCCCAGUGUGGCUCCCACAGCUUGGCCUCUGGAGCCAGGGGGACCGUGGAGGGGAAGGGAGAACCGGUCCUCCUCAUCCUUCUCAAAAGUAGGCCAGGUCUUCAGUUUUGUAAAAGGCCGAUUGGGAAAUAAAUGUCCUUGACAUAAUGCUA